AUGGCAACACCAGAUAUCAAUAUUAUCGUCGAAAAUUUGUCGUCCUCAGCAUCAACAAACAUUUCUAAUUUAAAAUGCUCACCAGAACGUUCAUAUUCUGACAACAUUUCCAGAUCGUCCUCGUUCCCUACGGCAACACCAGACGCAUCUCCAAAAAAGUUUACAUCAGUGAAACUUAUACCCGCGGUCAAUAGUGACGGUGAAAUUUUGUCCUCAGCAUCAACAACAAACGUUUCUGAUUCCAAAUGCUCACCAGAACAUAAAUAUUCUGACAACAUUUCCAGUUCGUCCUCGUCCCCUACGGCAACACCAGACGCAUCUCCAAAAAAGAUUACAUCAGUGAAACUUAUACCCGCGGUCAAUAAUGACGGUGAAAAUUUGUCCUCAGCAUCAACAACAAACGUUUCUGAUUCCAAAUGCUCACCAGAACAUAAAAAUUCUGACAACAUUUCCAGUUCGUCCUCUUCCCAUAUGGCAACACCAGAUGUCUAUAAUGUCGGUGAAAAUUUGUUCUCUGCAGUAUCAACACCAAUCGUAUCUGAAUCCAAAUGCUUACCAGUGUGUACAUUUUCUGACAAGAUUUCCAGUUCGUCCUCGUCCCAUACGGCAACACACGAUUUCGGUGAAAAUUUGUUCUCCGCAGUAUCAACAUCAAUCGUUUCUGACUCCAAAUGCUCAUCAGAGCGUAAAUAUUCUGAUAGUAUUUACAGCUCGUCCCCUUCGGCAACACCAGAUGUAUCACCAAGAAAGAUUUCAUCAGUGAAACUUAUAAGGGCUUUCAAUAAUGCCGGUGAAAAUUUGACCUAUUUGUCCUUGUCACCUACAGCUACAGAUGAAUCAAGUUUAUCCUCCGCAGUAUUAACACCUAACGUACGUACAUAUAUAUUCUGA